AGUAUCCCGAGAAAGAAGUGUGAAUUGUAAAACGCCCCUCCUCUCCUCUGCCUUCCCGCGCCUAUAUAAGAGGCGCCUCCGAGCUUCCCAUUUCCCCGCGCGGCGCAGAGCUCCACCAACCAAGCACUACCCGCCUCCGGAGAGGAGACAAGAGGCAAAGAAAAAAAAACGCUCCUUCUCUCUCCCCCCCCCCGCCUGCUCCCCUCCGGAGUUAAACGGCGUCCUACUUGUAAAUCGCCCGGGGGAGUUACACCGCCCGGCGCCGUAAAAGCUCUGCGAGACCGCACGAGCGGCAGGGCGCUCCUCUGUUUUUCAUCCCAUGACGUCCUGCGGAGGCGCCACCGCGGCAUGCCCCGAUGGCUGCGCCAUCACCGCCCCCUUGCUCGCCAAGGCCGGGGAGGUCGUCAUCCCGGUCUACGCCGACGAGGCGGCCGCGCCGGUGCUCACGUGCAAGCCGCCCGGCCGGCUUGCCACGGCGGUGAAGGAAGCCUGGUCCGUUUCUUUGGGCAUCGCGCUCCCGAUGAUGCCGCCCGUGUCCGCCGCCGCGGCCCGGGACGAGGCGCGGUCUAUUCUUGGCCUCGCAUUCCCGAUGAUCCUCACCGGCCUGCUGCUCUACCUCCGCUCCAUGAUCUCGAUGCUCUUCCUCGGCCGUCUCGGCGGGCUGGCGCUCGCCGGCGGCUCCCUCGCCAUCGGCUUCGCGAAUAUCACCGGCUACUCUGUCCUCUCCGGCCUCGCCAUGGGCAUGGAGCCGAUAUGUGGGCAGGCAUUCGGCGCGGGCAAUUACUCGCUCAUUGGCCUCACCGUGCAGAGGACGGUGCUCCUCCUCAUCGCGGCCGCCGUCCCCAUCGGUGGCCUGUGGAUGCACAUGCGGCCUCUCCUCCUCCUCUGCGGACAGGACGCCGGCAUCGCCGCCGUCGCCGAGACCUACAUUCUUGCCUCGCUACCUGACCUCCUCCUCCAGGCAUUCCUUCAUCCCGUGAGGAUAUACCUCCGGAUGCAGUCCGUAAACCUGCCCCUCACCGUGUGCGCCACGCUCGCCAUUGCCAUCCACCUGCCCAUCAACUACGUGCUGGUGACCGUCCUCGGCCUCGGCGUCAAGGGGGUGGCAAUGGCGUCCGUGCUGGCCAACCUGAACCUGCUCCUCUUGCUUCUUGCCUACAUCUUCUUCAAGGGCGUCCACAAGCGCACCGGCGGCUUCGCGCUCUCCGCCGAGAGCUUCCGUGGCUGGGGCGAGCUCAUCAGCCUGGCCCUGCCGAGCUGCGUCAGCGUGUGCCUCGAGUGGUGGUGGUACGAGAUCAUGAUCCUGCUGUGCGGCCUGCUCCUGAACCCGCAGGCCACGGUGGCGUCCAUGGGCAUCCUGAUCCAGACCACGUCGCUCAUCUACAUCUUCCCUUCGUCGCUCAGCUUCGGCGUGUCGACCCGCGUGAGCAACGAGCUGGGAGCCGGGCAGCCGGAGCAGGCGAGCCGCGCGGCGACGGCGGGGAUCAUGCUCGGCUUCGCGUUCGGCGCCUUGGCCUCCGCGUUCGCGUUCCUGGUGCGGGACGUGUGGGCCAGCAUGUUCACGGCCGACCCGGCGAUCAUCGCGCUCACCGCGUCGGUGCUGCCGAUCCUGGGCCUGUGCGAGCUCGGCAACUGCCCGCAGACGACGGGGUGUGGCGUGCUGCGCGGCAGCGCGCGGCCAAAGGACGCCGCCAACAUCAACCUCCGGUCCUUCUACCUCGUCGGGACGCCGGUGGCGCUGGUGCUGGCCUUCUGGUUCCACUACGACUUCAAGGGCCUGUGGUUCGGGCUGCUGGCGGCGCAGGCGACCUGCAUGGUGCGCAUGCUGCUGGUCAUCGGGCGGACGGACUGGGCGGCCGAGGCCAAGCGCUCGAAGCAGCUCACCGGCCAGGACAAAGUUGGCGCGGCCGACGGAGACGAGAAGUCGCGCCUGCUUAUCGACGCAGCAGACAUCGAGCAGCCGAAUGAUCGGUGUUGAUAGCUACGCUACGCAGCGCGAGGGAGCCGGGGGGGCGUGUGCAUUGUAAUCUACUCCCCCUGCUUCUUAUUUUUACCAUUUUUAUUUCCUUCCCCUGCUGGCCAUAUUUUGGCCGGGGCGGGGGGGAGGAGCUUAGGGCGCUGACAGGGUGACAAAUUUUGGUUCGCAUUUGCUAAUGUAGCCAUGUAAAGAUUUUGCUGAUUGUUACUUAUUAUUAGAGAUGGGGAAAAAAUAUCUUGUUGAAA